CUGCCGCUUACGAGUUCACCACGUUGACGACUGUACCCGGCCAAAUCAUCUAUAAUGGAGCUAAGAUUCAAAUGCUCGACUUGCCCGGUAUCAUCCAGGGAGCCAAGGAUGGCAAAGGUCGUGGAAGACAGGUCAUCGCGGUCGCUAGAACUUGCCAUCUCAUUUUCAUUGUUUUGGACGUUAACAAGCCAUUGACGGACAAGAGGAUUAUCGAAAACGAACUAGAAGGGUUCGGCAUCAGAAUCAACAAGCAGCCGCCAAAUAUCGUCUUCAAGAAAAAGGACAAAGGAGGCAUUAAUAUCACGAGCACUGUCCCCUUGACCCAUAUCGACCAUGAUGAGAUCAAAGCCGUCAUGAGCGAGUAUAAGAUUUCCUCUGCUGAUAUUUCUAUUCGCUGUGACGCUACUAUCGACGAUCUGAUUGACGUGCUUGAGGCCAAGAACCGAGUCUAUAUACCCGUCAUUUAUGUGUUGAACAAGAUAGAUUCCAUUUCCAUUGAGGAACUGGAUCUAUUGUACCGGAUUCCCAAUGCCUGUCCAAUCAGUGCGGAGCACGGCUGGAACCUGGACGAACUGCUGGAACAGAUGUGGGAGAGACUGAAUCUCCGACGGAUAUACACCAAACCGAAGGGCCAGCAACCAGACUACACGGCCCCAGUUGUUCUCAAAGCCAAUGCGUGCACGGUCGAAGAUUUUUGCAAUGCUAUUCACAAGUCGAUCGUCGACCAGUUUAAGGUCGCCAUUGUUUACGGCCGCUCAGUCAAGCACCAGCCUCAACGAGUUGGGCUGAGCCACGAGCUUGCUGACGAGGAUAUCGGUCAGUAUUCCCUUUCUGCCCAGCUUGGAUGUGGGUACUGA